AUGGCUCGACCAAACAAGAUCCUCAUUGUUGGCGGAACGGGAACGAUCGGCGGGUACAUCGCGCUUGAGGCUCAUUCCCGCGGCUACGCUGUGACUAUUGGUGGUCGCAAGUCAGUGAAAGGCGUCCCCGUUCUAGAGGAUCUGCCCUUUAUCAAAGCCGAUUAUGUUGCUGGCGAAUACACUUCGGAAACACUCUCAGCCUUUGACAGUAUUGUCUUCUCAGCUGGCGCCGACAUGCGACACGUGCCUGACAAGACCUCGGCGGACGAGUACUACUUACAGUCGGCCGAGAGUGUAAUCGAAUUUGCUCAACUGGCCCGCGACGCCGGAGUCGAGAGAUUUGUGCAUAUCGGCAGCUUCUAUUGGCACAUUGCACCUGAACUGGUUGAAAAGACUCCCUACAUUCGGUCACGGAAGAUGGCUGCCGAGGGCGUUGCUUCACUAUCAAGGCCGGGAUUCCACGCUUGCAGCCUGGAUGCACCAUGGGUCGUCGGAACCGUACCAGGCAUGCACUCCCCUAUGUUUGCCGCCUACGUCCAGUUCGCCGAGGGCAAGCUUGGUAUGGGUCCUUCUGUGAUUGAUGCAAACUCCAACUUUGUUUCUAUCCAAGCUCUGGCGACGGCAACUAUCGCCGCGCUAGAGAAUAGCGAGUCCGUGUCUAGCAGAACAAUUCUCAUUGGAGGCGAGAACAUGACAUUCGCCGAGUUUUUCGGCCUCAUCUUCUCUGCUGUGGGCAACAAUGUACCAGUGUCGACCUCGGACCAGGAACAUCCUCUAAUACCGGAAUCGGCUCUUUGGGCUGGGCGUAAGAUUAAAGUUUAUGAGCCUGAUGCUGAGGAGGAAGCUCUGCUUGGUGGAUAUCGUCGAUUUCGUGUUCAAGAUAUAGUUAAGCAAGUAGUUGGAGAAUAUCAUUCCUCAUAG